ACAAGUUCUGUACGAUAUCAUCAAGAAAUUACCCACUUCCGCUGUCAGAUAUACCUUCCAGUAAAACGAAAAUGGAGGGCCACUGUCCUUGCGAAUGUCUCCAUCUGGAGAAGAAUGGUACACAAAGGUCAAGUUGUGUAUGUUGAAUGGUUGCUGGUUUCAAAGAGAGACACACGCAUACGCUAACCGUCCUUAAUCUAUAGAGAGAGAGAGAGGAUGAAUGAGGAAAACCAACCAAUAGCCAAAGCAACAAUUUUAUUUUAUUUUUGAAAAGAGCCAAAGCGACAGUUGAAACAACCGCCAUUGGAGGGAGGGAGGGAGAGAGAGAGGACAAACAAGGAGGAAAACCAACCACGACUACGAGCCACAACCACCAUUGGGGAGAGAGAGAGAGAUAGGGCAUGCAUGUACGAAAGGAUAGGUUCAAGAGCUAGGGUGAAAAAAGAGAGGUUUUGAUUUCCCAAGAGUUUCUCGGAAGGAAAUUAAAAUGAUAAAAACUGUGAAGAGAGAAGUGGUUGAAGACUUAGCAAUAAUAUCAGGAUUGAUAGGGGUGCAAUUUGUGUACGCAGGAAACACAGUGGUGCUGAGUUAUCUUAUGUCAAUAGGAAUCCAGCCUUCCUCUCUCAUCAUCCUCUCUACCUUUUCCACAUUCCUUGUCCUCUCUCCUCUCUCCUUUCUGCUCGAAAGGAGUAAAUGGCCCAAGAAAUUCUGUUUGAAGCUGUGGAUUAAGCUGGUUUUAAUUUCUUUUGGAGGGGUGACCUUAUUCCAGAAUUUGUUCUUGAAGGGGAUUAAUCUAACUUCACCAGCAAUGGCAACAGCUAUGCCUAACCUUGCUCCAGGAUUUAUCUUUGUCAUUGCUUGGGCUUUUAGGUUAGAGAAAGUAAAUCUGAAUUGCAUGUACAGCAAAGCCAAAAUCAUGGGUACAUUGCUGUGUGUUAUUGGUGCUCUGACCAUGAGCAUUAUGCAGAGUACAAUGGACAAUCACACCGCCAAAGAAGCUGAAUUAUCAUUACCAUCUCCACCAGCUGAUAACAUCUUUGAUAAACAGAAGAUCAUCGGUUGCAUGUAUCUCAUUGCAGCGGUCUCCGUUUUAUCAAGUAAUGUUGUCCUGCAGGCUAGCACAUUGAUUGAUUUUCCAGCACCGAUUUCCUUGUGUGCAAUAACAUCUUUGAUAGGUGUAGUAAUUACCGGACUGGUUCAGUUGAUUCAAGAUCACAAAUUGGAGACUGGAUGGCCUCUGUUGAGCGCACGAGACCUGCUUGGCUUUUCUCUACUGGCAGGUACAAUCAGUGGAGUGUGUAUAAGCUUCAAUGGAUGGGCAAUGGAGAGAAGAGGGCCAGUCAUGGUGUCCAUGUUUAGUCCCAUUGGAACUGUGAUUUCAGUCAUCCUCUCUGUUAUCACCUUAGGAGAAUCCAUUACUAUAGGAAGCCUUGCUGGUAUGUUUCUCAUGUUCAGUGGUCUCUAUUUAGUGCUAUGGGCUAAAGGAAAGGAAGGCUUUUCAAUCCCAGAUGACAACCCCAUGGAACGUGAGUAUGAGGCGAGCAAACCUCUGUUGUCUUAAAAUUUGUUUCUCGGUUGGCUUGUAUGCAUAUUUUUUGCAUGAUUAGGCUUGGGAGAAUGCAACAGGCCAAAACAAUGUUAUAUCUCGAAAGCCUUAAUACAUGCACCUGUGCUAAAAGUAGAAUUCGUGUAAGCAGAUGACAAAAACUAUAUGUACAUAAUGUUCAUAAUGAAUUUGAUAAGUUUUACGCUUCACAAUCGAG